AUGUCCAAAUUUUUUCCUAUUCUUCUACUGACAGGGACAUUGAACAGCCAAAAGAAGAAGAAAAAAUACAAUACACAAGUGAAAAUGGCGUGGCCAAACAAGAACCCGGACAUGCUGUAUCGCCGCGUUGGCAAUUCUGGAUUGCACAUUUCAGCUAUUGGAUUGGGCUCGUGGUUAACGUUCGGUGGUCAUGUUGAAAACGAAACAACCUUCCAGUGCAUGAAGACUGCAUUUGACAAUGGAAUCAAUUUCUUCGACACGGCGGAAAAGACAGAACACGUGGAGAAACUGACAGCUUAUUGUGGUAGCUACUCCAAUGGUCAAUCCGAAAUUGUCGUGGGCCAAGCGAUCAAAAAGUUUGGCUGGAAGAGAAGUGAUCUGGUCAUUUCUACCAAGAUCAAUUACGGCGCUGUGAACGGCGAGAUCUUGAUCAACAACCACGGCCUGUCACGCAAGCAUAUCAUUGAAGGAACUCGAGCGUCUCUUGAACGGCUGCAACUCGACUAUGUGGACAUUGUCUUCGCCCAUUGCCCAGACCGGUUGACGCCGAUCGAAGAGACCGUGCGUGCUUUCAACUGGGUCAUCGAUCAAGGGCUCGCGUUUUAUUGGGGCACUUCUGGUUGGGGAGCAGACGAGAUUCAGGAAGCGCAUGGCGUUGCAAAGUCCCUUGGCUUGGUUGGUCCAAUUGUCGAGCAACCGCCUUAUAACAUUCUUGAUAGACAGGUGGUCGAGGGCAAUUUCCAGCGCCUCUACUCUCGUGUCGGUACUGGCCUGACAGUAUACUGGCCCCUGAAGAUGGGCCUGCUAAGUGGCAAGUACAACGAUUCUUUGGAGGCACCGCCGCCAGGAUCACGCUUCGCCGAAAGCCAGGACCGUUUCGCCCAUAGUGUGCGUAGCAGCUAUGGCAACGAAGAGUGGAAAGCAAAUAUUCUCAAGAUUAGGGAACUGAAGGAACUGGCGGAUAAGCUCGGCUUUAAGUUAUCUCACCUCGCCUUGGCCUGGUGUCUCAAGAACGAAAACGUGACGUCAGUCAUCACAGGCGCGUCUCGGCCAGAGCAGAUCAUUGACAACAUUGAGGCGCUCAAAAUUCUGCCAUUGCUGACCCAGGAAACCUUAACUGAAAUUGAUGACCUGAUUGGCAACAAGCCAGUGCUUGAUCCCGCUCGUCAGGGAUAG